AUUUCUUACAUUUCUUAUUAUUUUCUACUGUUUUACUAAAACUUGGUAUUUAUGAUUGUAACCGCAACUAUCGUAAUUUUAUUCUAUACUAAAUUUAUAACACUAAAUGAGGGUUCUACAUAUACAGUUAACCAGUCUAAAAUAAGUCACACAAGUCAUUAUAUGCAUAUCGAAACCUUAUCAUUAAAAAUAUUCAAACUUGGUUAUAUUCACAUUAUAUGACGAUAUCAUGAAAAAUUUCAGUUAAAGUUAUGAAUAAAUGGAUCAAAUUCUUCAGUGCUAUAAAUCUAAUUGCUUUGGCAAAUCAAAUAGUCGGAAAUAAGCUUCUUAAUAUUGGAGAUUUGAAUUGUGAUAAGAGUUUCGAACGAUUAUUUAAAUGGAGAUCUGUUACGUACGGUUUUCAAGAGGCCAAAGUCGUGAACAAACCGAUUUUUCUACUCAUCCACAAAAUGCAAUGCCCUUCUUGUCAAAAAUUAAAACAGAAAUUUUCUAAUUCCGUACGAUUGAUGGAUCUUAGCGAUCGAUUUGUGAUGAUAAAAGCGGAAGUGGGACAUGAUGCAGCUUUAGACGAUGAAAAAUUUCAACCAGAUGGGCAGUAUGUGCCUAGAAUAUUAUUCUUCACAUCUAACGGUGACUUUAUCGAGGAGGCAUAUAACAAUCAUGCAAAUGCCGAUAAGGAAUAUAAAUUUUUUUAUAAGAAUCCUUCGGAGAUUAUAAAUACUAUGCUGUUGGUUUUGAAAAAUUAUUCUAAAGAGCCAUUGCGAGUAAUAUUUCAAUAUGAGGAAUUGUUGCAUCUAGAAACUUGUGAUAUGGAAGAUGAUAUUCUUGUUCCGACUCUCUUACAUUAAUAAUGUAACAUUAACCUUUGAAACAUGUAUGGUAUGGAGCUAUAUAUGUAAUUUAUCAGGUUUACAAUAAUCUUAACUUAUAGUAGAAAACGUUAGAUAAUUUUUUUCUUACUAAAAAUACUAAAAAAUUUUCCAUUCACAUUUCUCACCUUUCCUUUUUAUUACUGAAAAAGACGAAUUAAAUAGCAAAGAAAGGUGUAAUUAAAUUAACGAAAGGAAUGUCUUUUAAAGAACGCAGGUAGAUAAUAAUAAAUACGAUAUAUAUAUUUAUAUAUUGCAUUUAUUUCUCCAAUUACAGAAAUUUUUCU